CGAUUUUUUAAGAUUGAUUAUGAGAAAGGAUGGUCAUUUUCAAGUAUUUCAUCACCACUGAGCAAAGAAGAAAUUAUUACAUCGAUAGAAUUUUUAAAUGAAAAUUCAGAGGUUCUAAAUGUUAAUAAAUUUGGUCCUGUGCAAAAUUCGAAAAUUAUUAUCGCCGUUCAGAUACACAAUCGUAUCGAAUAUCUAAGGCAUUUAAUUGAUACGCUGGAAAAAGCGAAAAAUAUCGAGGAUUCGUUGCUAAUUUUUAGUCAUGAUUUUGCGUCAAUAGAAAUAAAUAAACUUAUAAGAGACAUCAAGUUUUGUCGGGUAAUGCAGAUAUUUUACCCAUACAACAUACAGUUAUUUCCAAAUAUUUAUCCUGGUCAAGAUCCUGAAGACUUUCAGGGUUAUAAGGUUAAAACUGAUAAAACUUAUUGCAGAGCCAAGAGAAUUCGUUGUAAAAAUUGGCAGUAUCCGGAUAAAUAUGGUCAUUAUCGUGUCGCUAAAAUAACGCAAAUCAAGCAUCAUUGGUGGUGGAAGAUAAAUUACGUGUUCGAUGGAAUUGCAAAACGAUAUAGAUUAGAUCAAUUGUGGGUAAUUUUCUUGGAAGAAGAUCACUAUGUUUCACCUGAUUUCUUAUAUGUUCUAAAAAAGUUUGUCAUUUAUUCAUUAAUAAGCCUUGGUUCUCAUCUGAAAACAUUCAACAAUUAUGAAAAUGAAGUAUCGAAGCUUGGAGUUCAUCCUUGGUUCAGUAGCAAACACAAUAUGGGCAUGGCCAUUAAUUCCGUUACAUGGCAACUUAUAAAAAAUUGUUCAUUAUUAUUUUGCUCGUAUGAUGAUUAUAACUGGGAUUGGUCAUUACUACAUGUAAGUACUAGCUGUUUACCAAAGUGGUUACAAGUGAUUAUUACUAAAGCGCCUCGUGUUCUUCAUGUUGGUGACUGUGGAGUUCAUACACAUCAAUGUGCUGUACAUAAUGCUGCUCAACAAGUAAAUCUUUUUUCACGAGUUUCUGAAUCACUAUUUCCUAAUUCAGUAUUUGUAAGUGAAACCUCGCGUAGGACUUUGAAACCUUCGAAAGAAAAUGGAGGUUGGGGCGAUAAACGCGAUCAUGAACUUUGUUACAAUAAUACUUUAACCGAUCCUCUUCAUCAGUUAAGUGACCAUUCAGCUCAUUUUGCGCUUAACAUGGUUGAUAAUAUUACGUCUCGAUUUCUUUUUCCAACUUGA